GUAGCCGUUGAUGAAGGCUCUCGGCGUCGCUUGUCUUGCGUGCAAUUUUCGUCGUUCGUGCAACCGUGCAAACCCUCGAAAGAUCGGGAGAUGCGGCCUUGCUCUGUUGUUUUCACGCAAGAGAUAACCUGAGAAACAUCGUGACCCAUCUACGAGUCGGUGCUAAACUGUGGUGAAAUCUGUGUUAAUGUAUCUUUUCGUGUUUGGUGUUUCCUAAGAGACAGCGGCAUUUCUCGUAAGUCAGUAAUUCGCUGGUCCCGUUGAUUGUCUGCGCACCAACGUAGGAUUGCCAGCAUGGGUGAUGUUGAAAUCGAGAACUUUGAGAUCACCGACUGGGACAUAGCCAAUGAGUUCAACAUCAACAGAGUUCGGAGGCGGCCCACGAAAAAUCAGCAGAUUUACGGUAUCUGGGCUGACAGUGACGAUGAAGGGGGUGAGCGGCCCAGUUUCCAGUCCUCGAAGAAGCACAAGGACUUCUCUGCGCCCAUCAGCUUCGUCAGUGGUGGGGUGCGUCAAGUGGGAAAGCAGGAAGAGAAGAAAGAAGAAGGCAGUGAAGAUGAGCAUGCAUCAAGCAGUGAGGAAGAAGUUAAGAUUCCAGUGAAAAAUAAGAAGACUGGAUUUGCAGGCGGCCGUGGCGGUGUUGCCCAUGGCCUGUUAGGUGCUGAAGGGGGCUUCGGCAACUGGGAGAAAUACACGAAGGGUAUUGGAGCUAAGUUACUCCUUCAGAUGGGCUACCAACCGGGUAAAGGUCUUGGCCGAGACCUCCAGGGCAUCUCUGCGCCCAUCGAAGCAAAGGUCCGCAAAGGCAAAGGAGCAAUCGGUCUCUAUGGACCAGAGACCAAAGGGCCAAGGCUCAUGGCGGCCGACGCAGCGGACGACGAGUCGAUAGGUCGCAAAAGGGCCCAGCCCGAGCUUAACCAGUGGCGAAAACGCAAGGAGGGUGAAAAGAAGGUGACCUAUGUCUACAAGACAAUUGAAGAGGUCAAGUCGGAGGGGGUCUACAAGAAACCGCCCACUGGACCCCAGAGCAAGCUCAGCAAGGUGAAGGUGAUCGACAUGACUGGGCCAGAGCAGCGGGUUCUGUCUGGUUAUCACGAGCUGCACCAGCAGCACUCGAGGCCUGACGAACGCGAGGAGAUCGAGCUGAAGCGUGCCGUCGGGUCACAGUUCUCGGUGCCGGAGCUGACGAACAACCUCAAUCUACUGGUCGACAUGACGGAACAGCGCAUUGUGCAGAACGACCGCGAGACCAAGCACGAGGAAGACCGCACCGUCAAUCUCCGGCAUGAGCUGGACCGUCUUGACGAGCUCAUCACGGCCGAGGAGAAGCAAGAGCGGAGGCUGGCAAAACUGAGCGAACUCGUGCAGGCGAUGGUAGAUCGCAGCCAAGAGGAGCACCCGGAGCCUUUGACAUUACAGGAGUGUGCUACCAUGUUCCACACAUUGCAAGACGAAUUCUACGAAGAGUACAAGAUGUACGGGCUCUCGGAUUUGGCCAUCACUCUCCUGUGCCCUAAGGUGAAGAAAGAGCUGGAAUGUUGGUCCCCCUUGAAGGAGCGGGACGCCCACGUCAGCCUAUUCUGCACGUGGAAGGACCUACUCGAGAUAUACGGCAGCAGGACGCACGACCACCGUGACGCACCCGAGGAGGACCCUUACCACAACCUGGUCUGGGAGACCUGGAUGCCACCAGUGCGGCAAGCGAUACUAGAAUGGUCACCGCGAAACUGUGAUCCGUUGAUCGAGUUGCUCGAGACAUGGAUGCCGCUGCUGCCCCGAUGGAUGUUGGACAACAUCCUGGACCAGUUCGUGUUUCCAAAGCUUCAAACCGAGGUCGAAGCAUGGAAUCCGCUGACAGACACCAUGCCAAUCCACUCGUGGCUGCACCCGUGGCUUCCCCUCAUGGGAUUGCGCCUGGAGCCCCUGUACCCACCUAUCCGGCUGAAGCUGGCCAACGCACUUAGUGCCUGGCACCCCAGCGAUGGCUCGGCCAAGCUCAUCUUGGAGCCCUGGCGGGGCGUCUUCUCCCAGGGGACCCUGGAGGCGUUUGUUGUCGCCAACAUUCUGCCCAAGCUGGCACUGGCUCUGCAGGCCAUGCCCAUCAACCCACACCAGCAGCACUUGGAUCCUCGUGGCCAAAGAAGUCCCUAUCCAUUUAUGGAUAAGUGCCAGCAUGACGUCUGGCAGUGGGUGAUGGCGUGGGAGGACCUCUGCCCGGCGUCCAGCAUGGCCACCCUCCUGGAGAAGACCUUCUUUCCCCAGUGGCUCCAGGUGCUGGCGGGCUGGCUGCAACACAACCCAAACUACCAGGAGAUCUCCAAGUGGUACACGGGAUGGAAGUCCCUCUUCUCUGACUCCUUGCUCCAGCAACCCAGCGUGCGCGAGCAAUUCAAAAUGGCGCUGGACAUGAUGAAUCGUUCCGUGUCGGGCCUGCCGGUGGCACUACCUGGUCCUGGAGGCGGGCAGCAGGCUCCGCCAGGGCUGUUGGGAUACAGGCCAGCACCACCGCCGCCACCGCACAUGCCUCAAGAAACCGUGGGCGGACGACCAGAAUACAGCCACAUGCAGACGAUACGAAGCUCCACCACUCCGGCCAAUGCACAGAUGACCUUCAAAGAGCUGAUCGAGCAAAGAGCCCAGGAGAAGAACCUGCUGUUUGUUCCCAUGGCACACCGAUUCCAAGAGGGCAAACAAGUUUACCGGCUCGGUCACGUAAUGCUGUACCUCGAUCGAAAUGUCAUCUUCGUGUUCAACGGCAAAACGUGGGUGCCAACAUCCCUCCAGUCUCUGCUGGACAUGGCGGGUUGACCCUAACAAGCAUCCCUUCAUGUCACGAUCAUGAUGCACUGGUGUUGCAGCAGUUGAUAGCUUGGGAUUGAAUGGAACGAAGGCCAUUCUUUGGUGCUAGCUUUCAUUACGCAGCGGCAGUAGGAUGCUCGCCAAGACCAGCACUGGCUUGAGUGCUGCCAGCAACAAAGCCUUGUGACAUACAGGCUUGACAGUCUUGAUUCUUCCAUAGCUUCAAGCGGGAUAAAAAAUUCACAGAUGGUGAAAGCAUUUGCUUGGCUACCCACUCCAAUCAUUUGGCUGAAUUUAGCUAAUUGACAACAUUACGAUCCCGCUUUGAGUGCUGCUGGUGGCAAGGUCGUGACACAUUUGUGACGGUAGGGGUUUUACUGUCACAUUUAUGUUUCACCUGCAGCAUAUAAGUAGAAAAUCAUUCUUCUGUCCACUUUGUCACAUAGCAUUAUUAUUUGCCUGAAACUGACUAAUUGGCAAGACACUGUCACAUGUCACUUGUAAUGAACGACUUGCAACAUGUUUGUGACAGUACUUGUGUAGUACUCUUAUUCUUGCACCAUCUGCAGCGUCAAAAAGUCCGUGCCUCUUACAAUUAUCUUGUUGCAUAUUGUCAUGAUUUGGCUAAAGUUCUCUCAUCUCAGUGUCAGGAUGUCACAAAGUGUUAGUGACAAACUUUCUGGAUCAUUUCUGAUGAUAGGUAGGCAGAGGUUUCACCUGCAGUAGGCACUGAAUGAUGCUGCAGGUAUUCCCACACAUUGAGAGACUUGCCUCUGUGGGAUGCUAUGCUGAUAAUCGGAGAUUAAAAUUAUGUUCCGAGUUGUGAUUGUACUUGUUUCCCAACAGGGGUUUUACUGUGGCAUAAACUCUGGUCACCCCUUAUCUAUUUCUAACAUAAUGAUGGAAAUCCUCUCAUAUCAACUGCACCAAACAUUUUGUGCUUAUGGCCGUAAUAGAUAAACUACUACGCGUGUACAUAAAGCAGUUAUCAUUUGUUUCAUUUUUUAAAUGUCAUGAUGUUCGACAGCUCUCUUACUGAAUGUGCUGGACAUGAUGGUGUGACUUCUGGUUGUGUCGCAGAGUGCUUGGAUUGCCAUCAUUUUUGUAAUGCAGUCCUUUGUGUCUCUUGCUGAGCUCCCUGUAAAUAAAUAUUUUCCUUGGUGCA